UGCUCUGCAACGCGCACUUGGGGAUUGGGGUUGGCGACCACGAAUAUGACAACUUCGUUGGCAACCGGGAUUAGGCUACAGGGAUGCUACUAAAGAUUAUGGUUGGACGCGGGUAGCCUAUAUGAAGGAUCAAACCAAGUCAUUUUUUAAAACACAGAUUUAAUGGACAACGGAUUAUUUUAAACAGGGAAUUAUUUCUGGCGGAACUGCUUGGAGGUGGUCUUACCAUCGACAAAACAGAGCAAUGAGGAUAUCUUUGCGCAACAUUGGUGCUGCGACUUUAGUGGUUACCACCCUUUUCCUGGUCGUAAUUUUGAACAGGGACAACUCCUCCUAUGACCUCAGUACAGGCAUCUCCCAGAGACAGCUCCCUAGUGUACUGAAGGCAGACAUGAUUCAUUCCCCUGAUGAUGACGCCCAGAACCCUGCCCCGACUGAGGUCCCACCGCAGCCAUACUGCGAGCGUAAUCACUCCAUGGUCAACGUUUCGGACUUUGACACGCUGCCACACCACAUUCAGGACUUCCUGUUCUACCGCCACUGCCGCCACUUUCCCAUGUUGCUGGACGCCCCAGACAAGUGCGGUGGGCCGGAGGCCUCUUCCGACGUGUUCCUGCUGCUGGUCAUCAAGAGUCCGCCGCCCAACUAUGACCGGCGGGAGGUACUGCGCAAGACAUGGGCACAGGAGCGGCAGCACCACGGCAAAUGGAUCCGCCGCGUCUUCAUCUCGGGUGUGUCAGACACAGGUUUCGAGCAGCAGCGGCUCAAUAAAAUGCUGCGGCUGGAGAGCCGCGAGUACGGUGAUGUGAUCCAGUGGGACUUUGCCGACACCUUCUUCAACCUGACACUCAAGCAGAUGCUCUUCCUGGAGUGGAUGGAGCACCGCUGCCCCAGCGUCCGCUUCCUCCUCAACGGUGACGACGACAUCUUCGCCAACACCGACAACAUGGUGGACUAUCUGAGUGGCCUGCCAGAUGGCAACAACGGCAGCAAGCACCUGUACGUGGGCCACCUGAUCCGCUGGGUGGGCCCCAUCCGCGAGAAGUGGAGCAAGUACUAUGUGCCCGUGCAGGUGCAGGAGUCCAAUUCCUACCCGCCGUACUGUGGAGGGGGGGGUUUCCUUCUCUCCGGCUCUACGGGGCGCAUUAUAUACAAGAUGUCUCACUCCAUCACCCUGCUGCCCAUCGACGACGUCUACAUGGGCAUGUGUCUGGAGAAGGCCGGACUAGAGCCUGUGUCUCAUUUUGGGGUCAGAACGGCAGGGCUCCCUGUGCCCUCGUCCAAGGUGGACUCCUACCAUCCCUGCUACUACCGGGAGAUUCUUCUGGUCCAUAGAUUCCUGCCAUACCAAAUAUACCUCAUGUGGAACAGGAUAAAUGAACCCAAUUUGAAAUGUGACGGUUCGCAGGUCUCCAAUCUUUAGCA